AUUGCUUCCGUGAAUUCAGUGAAAUAUUUGUGCAUUUCUCGUCAAUUAUGACUGCAAUAUGAAAAUAGUUUACAGGAAAACAAUCCAUGUUUGACUAGUAACUGUGGUUAUACAUUUUUAUGCAGCUCAGACGUUAAAAUAACGUGAAAACGCGUUGAGCGGGCAGCACACCCAUGUCGUAUGAGAAGAUGGAGGUGGUGAAUCCGGCAGAAAAGGAGGCGAGUGAGGUUCUUCACUCGCUACUGUCGGUGGAGCGCCGGAGUGUGGACAGCAAGGAGGCCAUCAUCGUGGCCAUUCCGCAAGACCAGAAUGGCGGAGGGGAGUAUGGUGAGAGUGCUCAGUGGCACACGCCUGUCAUGGGCCAACACUCUGUGUUUGAGAUGGGAGCCUCUCAGAACAUGCAGCAGCACAACUAUAAUGGUCACCAAGAACAGGUUUUAUGGCAAGGUCACACAAUUCAAGUGGAGAAUGGUGAGGCUAAUAUGCAAGGAAUGCAAGGUGCUUACAGCAUUGAGUUCUCAAAUGUUGAUGGUGAUGGCAUGGAGGUUGAAACAAAGCCUAAAAUGGAGAAAAAAGGUGGAGCUAAGAGGAAGAAAAAGGGAGCUGAAACAGAUAGCGAUGAGGAGGUCCUCGACAACAAACUUGAGGAUAAUCCUUUACAAGUGAAAGAAAGAUUAAGGAGAGGAUGUGAUUGCAAGGAUAAUUGCUACCGUGGGCUAAAUCCAGAGGCCGUCUACCGUCACCGUCUCAACAUUGCUGAACUAACCAAAAGUGAACAUGACAUGUAUCUAAUGGGCAUCACUAUGGCCAGUUUGGCUAACCCGGCCGAAACUUCGCGCCACAAGGUCAGGAGGAGACUGAGGGCGUGCUACGUAUACCAAGGAAGAAAGGUCUGUUUGGAGGCUUUUCUGUAUCUAGAAAAUGUAACACAUUAUCAGCUCAAACGCAUCAGGCAACACGUCAUGACGCACGGCGUCGCGCCUCGGAUACACGGUAAUGUUGGCAAGAAGCCCUACAACACGUUCACCUUAGACAUAUACAAACAUGCAACUAAUUUCUUAAAGGAGUACCUGAAACAGCAUGCUAGCUCGCCUAAAGACGUCCAGCCUUCGGGCGAACAGGGCAAAAAAGCCAGCAAGACCAUUAUUAUACAGGGAGACUCACGGAAGCACUUGUUUGAAGCUUACAAAGAGUAUGGGGAAAUUCUCGAGCCGGGAGUAAAACUGAUGGGAUAUUCCACUUUCCGUGCAUUCAUGAAGGACCAAUUUCCUCACGUCAAGUUCGCCACUAAGAAACAAGAUAUGCCCAAAGACAUGGUGCCCUUCCGUAGCGGGAAAUGCAUGUCGUACGACAAAAAUAAGGACCCGAUAAGGGCGCAACAGGAAAAAGAUAAGGUGGACCAUAAGAAGGCCGCUAUGGAGGCUAAGAAGAAGGAGGAUCACGACAGGGAGCAGCACGUGCAGCAGCAGCAACAGCAGCAACAACAGCAGGUGCAACAACAACAACAACAACAACAACAGCAGCAGCAACAGCAAGUGCAGCAGGUGCAAGUACAGCAUCAGCAGAUGUCGAGCCAGCCGCACGUCGUGAUCCACCAGCAACAGCCCGGACAGCAGUCCAUGCAACAGCAGAUGCUGGUGCCGCAGGUGUCGCAGCACCAGCAGGUGCUGACGCAGCAGGUGGGCAGCGUGCAGCAGGUGUCGCAGCACAUGCAGCCGCUCGGCGUGUCGGACGAGCCGCCGCAGCCGGUGGAGAUGGCGCAGCAGGUGAUCCCGCUGGCCGUGGUGCAGCAGCAGCAGCAGGCGUACAUCGUGACGCCGGUGUCGCACUUCCAGACGCGCGUGCAGGGCGCGUGGUACAGGCAUUGACGGCGCUGCCACCAUCGCGCGGUAAGUUAGCGAGAAUACCUAGGUUACGCCUAUUCAGUAUUGAUAAACUGACAUAUAACGACUAUCUGUAAGGAUAAAUUUAAUCAUAUUUACACCAGUAAAUUAGCAGUAGCUAUGUAGUUUAUUUUUAAAUGGUUUUAAAAUUGAUAGGCGUUGUUUUACUGAAUUGACGGUUUAUGUAGAUCUUGCUGGUUAGAUUGCGAAUGUACCGAGUGUAGUUUUAUAUUUUAUGCGUGAGUUUAGAUGUAAAUGGAUCAUGAUUAUUUUAUUUUUAGACUAUCUAAGCGUUCAGGCGAUGUCAAUCAAUAUUAAAUUCACUUUGAAAAGCAGUGCCUUUAAAAUUUAUGAUGUGGAUUAAGACAUAGCUAUGAUGUGUGAUUAUACUUUCAAAAACAGAUGUAAGAGACAAAAAUACAGAAAAGUAUGUAGUCACGCAUACUAAAGCAUAAGAAAUACAAGUUACUAAAGUACAUAUCACUUUAUUUUUAUUGGUUCAGAAAAAGAUAGUGUCUAUUUUAUUUAAUAUUACAUUUUUUAACGGAUUUGUACUAUAUUUUAGAUAAUUCCAAAGUCAAUCACAUUGUUCUUUGUUUCUGAUCAUGUAAUUAAUUACCUGGCUAUGUUAUUCAUGUUAUGCCUCCAAUGAGCCUCUGUAAAAUAGUUUUUGUCAUGUCAGAGGAUGAACUGGACGCCAUUUAGGAAAAAGGAUCUAAUCCACAAACAUCGUUUCGUUAAAUUACGUCCAAUGGGUCCCAUUUGAACUAAAUUGUGAUGACUGUUUUUGAUUUUAAUCGCCUAGGUAUAGUCGCUAUCAACAAUAUUGUAAUAUUACAUAAUGCACAAAAAUAUCUAAAAAUGCACUAACUUGGUAAGCGAGUCAUGAUUAGAUAUUUGUGAGAACCUUGCUCACCAUGGGCUUAGCACUGGAGCGGUGCGACAGUACCUCGCCGGCGAGAUACUACCUGUCCCUCUGGAAUUAAUAAAGUUAGAAAAAGACGUCUAUCUCGCGGGUGAGAUACUGUCGCAUUCCUCUACUAGGCCUGCUGUUAUAUAGAUAUAUAUGAUGGCGCCUACAAUCAAGUGUAAAAAUAAGGCUACAACACUAAACUAAUCACCCUUAUACUUAAUCUAGUAAGGUUCAUUCAGUCAACAUUACAAUAUCUUGGAAAAAGUUGAAUGCACCCAGGCAUGUUUGUAUUAAAGGUACUUCUUGGUCAGCUGUUAACGAGGUGUUACUUGUAUAAAACAGCAGCUAAAAAUAGUCCUUGUUGGCAAGCGGCAAAGAGGUUUAAUAUUGCCCGAGAUUAUCACAUUUUUACACUUGAAAAUACGAGCAAAGCUGGCAGCAGUCAGCUACAAACAAAAGACUUCCAUAUAAUGGCGCUUAUGAAUUCCUUAGUUUAGUUUUUAGCCAGUUGAUGGGUUUUGGCUGUAUCUCCAUUGAUUGCGCUAUAAGAAAUAAAUUAUUUUAGUAUAAGUAAAACCAUUAUUUUAGUUGUGGAUGUUAUAAUCAUCACAUGCAUUAUUAUAUCUUGAUCUUUCACAUCUGUCUAUAAUGUCGAAAACUGGGAGCACUUUUAGGACUUAAGAGUGAUUUUAAACUUUUUAUUUCAUCUUUGAUCAUUUUAUCAUUAAAACAAUAUGUGUAUGAUAAAUAUAAUGCACUUGAAAUUACGUUCUCUUCAAAUUUUAUUUAUUUUAUUAGUGAUGUUUCGAUCUUGUCUCUUUUAACAUUUAAAAAAAAUGUACUGACGCAAUAGUUCUUACUUCUGGAAAAUUCUUUUCAAAAUCUCAUGUUUCUUUUCAACUAUGUUAAGAUAGACUUAGUAUAUGUAACAAAAUAGAAGUGUGUAAUCAUUAUCAAUUUUACUAUAGACAGUACAGAAUUGUGCCUAGAAAAUAUGCUUAUCCAUGUAUUUUUAUAGAGCAAUAAUGUGUGCGAUUCGAAGCAGAUUCAUGUAAUUACAUUAUCAUUGUUCAAGUACCUCCCGACAUUGUGUGAGUGGGUCGUCUUCGAAUCAUAGUAAUCACUUAGCAUAAAGUUCGGCAUCUAUGUCAAAAUUGUAGGGAGACGUCAUGAUGUGAUAGAAAUUAAACUUUUAUACUCUA